ACUUUAAUAGAUAGCGUGAGAAAGCAACUCAGAUUGAUUGCAAAAACUUCUCGCAGUUGGAAAACUGCGACGGAUUAAGCUAGAAUAAAAAUCAUGGCAACUUCUAGAUUGAAACAAUUUUGUUUAAAGCUGCGCUUCAAGUCGACGCAACUCUUCAUUGUGGCUGGCGCUGUGUUGCUUUCGCUGUUGGUGACGCUGUUGUGCAUCGGUUUAACUAUACGCUACGAAGUGGAGCACGAGGUGGCCAACGUGGCGGAUGUGGACUAUUGGAAAGAUCAAGUAUCCGCUGCGCAAAAAGUGUGGUACGACAAAGGCAUCGAAGAGUUGAAGCAAGCGUUGCGAAUUUACUCGCCACAAACGCAGCCACGUCAAGUGCUGAUGCUGCUCAUCAGUGGCAUCUCAGCGCCAACUUUAGCGGCAGCAAGAUUCAGGGAUGAGUUGCAACAUUCUCCCUUUGUGUGGGAUCAAUUUCCUCAUGUGGCAAGGAUCAAAAACAGUUGCAGCUCGCGUUCACCGUGCGAUGCAAACUCGGUUUAUCGUUCGCUCUUUUCGGGAGUGCCGCUGAAUGAAGUUGUAAAUCAGCCGUGCAACCACACGUUGCAUAGUGUUUUGAGGCAAGCUCAACUCGCAGGUUUGCGCACCGGGUUUGUGACCAAUCAACGCAUCACAGGUGCCGCUGCAGCUGCUUUAGUUGCUUCUUCCAGUUGGGAAUGCGAUGGCUUAAUGCCAGUUGGACUCAUCGACUCUGGCUGCCAAGAUGUGGCACAGCAGCUCAUCUUUAGCGAAGCGGGGCAAGCACUCAAUGUGUUGCUUGGAGGUGGUCGACAGUUGCUGAGUGCCAAGGUUCCAGUUUACAGCUGGGAUCCUCUGGAUGAGCAGCUGUGCCGCGCCAGAAGUGGACGAAAUCUGCUUCGUGAUUGGCGCAAUCAAAAGCUGAAACUGCAACCUAAACAGCGCUUUGAGCUGUUGCAGCUUGCAACAGAGUUGAGCACGUUGAAUGCCACCAAUUUGGAUUAUUUAUGGGGCGUCUUUGCAAAUGAAAAUCUCCAUCAAAAUUCUCAAGCUCCUUCCUUAGAGUUGAUGCUCAAUAAAACGCUUGAAGUGCUUCAACGUCCAGGUGUCGGACAUCUUUUAAUUGUAGAACACGUGUUGCAGACAGCUGUGGCUGCCACACAGCAGUUGAGGCAACUUAAUGAAACUCUGGCUAAUUUUAUACAACAACAAAAGAAUACUUUAACCCUUGUGUUGCUCACCAAUGGAAAUUAUUUGAGCUCAAGUCGCGAUGUCAGCGAAGAAACGGAGAAUUUUAAUCUGCUUGAGGAGUUUUUUGAGCUAACUGAAGUUGAACUGCAACUUCAAAUGCAGAAGCUGCCUUCUGAGAGUUUGCUCUUUGCUAAGGGUCCCAAAUCCUUGCUCUUUUAUGGCGUGCACGAGGAAACUUAUUUGGCUCAUGCUUUGGCUUAUGCUCUAGGAUUAAAUGAUUUCAAUAAUCAACUGUAAACGAAGUGAUUCUUAAACUUUCCCAUCGAUAGCAUAGUUCGCUCUGGAGGCGCCACCGCACUGACAGCUGCCACCGCUGCCACCGAUGCCGUCGGCAUGGGCAGCAUCCAGUUAACAGGAGGCAACUCGACUUGAUUGGCAGCUGCGCUUGAAGAGGUCUGCGAUGUGACUGUGGAUGUGGCUGCAAUGCGUGGCACAGGACGCAGAACAUUGGAGCUGGGUCAUUUGACGGGCAGCGGUGGCAACAUUGUGUGUGCCACAUUCGAGAGCUGCCGCAAGUGAUUCGCGUGCACAUAUUGAAAAGCCGAAGAGCGUUCCAACUGCUGUGAGAGAUAAAGUUCGCCCAGCGAGUAGAAACGUCGCUGAUCGAAGGGCUGAAAGGGAAAGCCAGCGAAGCGUUGAGGCGUCGCAUAAUUCUUGGGCGUGACUUGUGGAUAGAGUGCAGCAUGCGGUGGGCGUGGCAGCAUGUAGGUGGCAGCAUUUUGAGAGCUUGGAGAU